AUGCUGAGGUCAGGGAGCUGCGCUCGACCCACUAUCUUCGCCCUGCUGGCCUUGUCAGUGGCUCUCCAGCCUCUGUCUGCUGGAUCCCCACCCUCCAUCUGGGAGGGCUCGGCAGUGGAGUCUGUCCGCUGGAUGCCAACGGGCACCGCCCUGAUAUCGGGAUCAGAUGACCUGACGGUGCGUGUUUGGAAUGCCAGCACAGGGCAAAGCUUGCAGAUUCUUGCUGGCCACACGGAUACUGUUUGGUCGGUUGCCUCAAGUCCGGACGGGAAGCAUAUCGCUUCCUGUAGCGCUGACCUGACGGUCAGAAUCUGGGAUGCGACCACUGGGAAGUGCCUGCACACCCUUGCUGGCCACACCGAUGACGUGCGCGCAGUGUCCUACAGCCCAGAUGCCAAGACCGUGGCCUCUGGUGGUUGGGACCACGUGGUCAAGAUCUGGGAUACUGCCACGGGCGGGUGCUUGCAGACCCUACAGGGCCACAAGAACGAUGUUUGGUCUGUUGCCUACAGUCCGGACGGCAAGCGCCUGGCCUCAGGAAGCUCGGAUCGCUCCAUAAAGAUUUGGGACCUCGCUACUGGGCAGUGCCUGCAAACGCUCCGCGGCCACAGGGACUAUGUGCGCUCAGUGGUCUAUAGCCCCGAUGGUGCGCACAUCCUAUCCGGCAGCGAUGACCAAGCCGUCAAGCUUUGGGAUGCGGCCCAGGGCACCUGUCUUCGCACUCUUCGAGGUCACAGCUACUACGUCUGGUCCGUAGCCUUUCGCCCUGAUGGCAGGCGCGUGGCCUCGGGGAGCUGGGAUAAGACCAUCAAAGUUUGGGAUCCCGUGUCUGGCAAGUGCUUGCAGACCCUCACUGGUCACACGGAUGUGAUCGACUCAGUGGCCUACAGCCCAGAUGGCACUCUUGCCUCAGGGAGUGAUGACGGCUCCAUUCGGACCUGGGAUCCCAACAGCACCAACCACCGCAUCUUCAACGCAGCGAGCGAAGGCUUGACACGCAAGCCAAGGCAGUCCAAGAGUAAGGCUGGGAAGGCAGUCGAGGUCGUGCUGUGA